AUGUUGGGAUUGGAUAUUGCUUCUAAGCGGAACAGGAAGCCUGGCGACUACCCCUAUCAUCUCGACUACAGAACUCGUUGGUCGGACAAUGAUGUCUACCAUCAUAUGAACAACAGCAUCUACGCCUUUCUGAUCGACUCGAUAGUCAAUGCUUACUUGAUCGAGAAAUGCGGUCUCGACCCAGCAACUUCGCAGCAAGUGGGCUUGGUGGUCAGCACGUAUUGUGACUACUUUGGAUCCGUCGGAUAUCCAUCGGUGCUCGACCUGGGUCUGAGAGUUGUCAAGCUGGGCAAGUCUAGUGUCAUGUAUGAGGUGGGCAUCUUUGAGCAGGGCAAUGAGCAAGUGAAAGCUGUGGGGGGCUCGAUCCAUGUCUUUGUGGAAUCCAAAGGGCGGCGACCGGCCAAAGACGGAAUGGAGCCUCGUAUGAGAGAAGGACUGACGCAACUCCUCGAGAAGGACAAGGAAACAGCCAAAUUAUGA